CCUACUGGUCACAUUUGUUUGCUGGAGAGUCUGUUACCUUCAUAUGUGACAUGAAGGAAGGAGGAGUCGCUGACUGGGAUUAUAAAAUCUACAAGGAUGGUCAUGGAUUUACUCCCUACAGCACAGAUCAAAACUUCACAUUAAAGCUUUUGUCAACAGGUGACAGGGGUGAAUAUGUGUGCUGUGGUCUCCACAAGAGAUCAACUCUGACAAAGUGUAGUAAUACUGUCACUUUAACUGUAUCAGAUAGACCCAGGACCACACUGACAGCAGGACCAAUAGGAGACAUAGUGACACUGACCUGCUCUGUGGAGCCCUCUGCUGGAUGGAAAUAUGAGUGGUUCAGACGUAGCACAGACACCUCUGAAGUUCAAGUCAUAAAUGAUGGAGAAAACAGAGUUAUCAGUGUAUCACAAGGAGGAAUCUACUGGUGCAGAGGAGGAAGAGGAGGAAGAGGAGGAAGAGGAGAACCAGUUUACUACACUGAUCACAGUGAUUCAGUCACCAUUAAGAUAACCUUUCCCAACAAGGCUGUUGUAACACGACAACACAACUGGCCUCAGAUAUUCAGAGGUGAGAAGAUCACUCUGACAUGUGAGGUCCAGGGAGGUGAAGACACUGAGUGGAUAUAUGGAUGGAGUAAACCCAGGUCAUCUAUACACUGGACAAACAAUAAAUACUGGACUUUCACUGCUUCUGAGUCCAGCAGUGGAGACUACAUGUGUAGGAGUAGACUCAGAGAUGACUCAUAUUCUUCAACAGAGUGGAGUGAAGCCAUCACAUUGUCAGUAUCUGAGGUGUGUGAGAAGUGUGUCGUGUCUUCAGCUUAA